ACAGUUCUGCUAGGGGAGUGGCAUGAUGCAGCCGCCGGCCUCUCUGACACUGCACUUUAGUCGUACGUAUUUAAGUCGAAACCGAAAAGCGAUUUCGCUAAGAAAGGCAUAAGCAUGUUGUCGGUUUUGGUGCUCGCGCUUUGCUUAUUGAUACCCGGAGGGAUAUCAGAAGACCAAGCAGAGAGGACAUCAGAUGGGGAGUCAGAAGCGACAACUUUUACAACGCUAUUGUCUGGGCCUGUUUUCAACUAUUCCGAGACAAAUCCUGAACUUCAAAACUAUCAAGACGCGUGGAAGUUUGUUACAAGCAAUGAAAGUUUUCUAAUGAAGUACCGAAACUUCAACACCAACCCGACGGGAAAAAACAUGACGAUGUGCGUAAGUGCGACCAUGAUUGAAAUGAACGAGACAACUCAUUAUGUGCUCCAUAAUAUCACCUAUUUGAAUACGACAAGUAACAAGACGAUUCCAUUCACCAAAUCUUAUUAUGUCAUCAGCUCAGAGUGUUACACCACGAGAAACGUUCUAAACGGAACAGUGACUGGCACGAACACAAGUGAGCUGUAUCCAUUUGCAUUCGCUGACAAAAAUUGUGCUGUCAUACGGAAAGAUAGCUGGAGCAAUGAAACAUUCAAGGCCUGCGAAAUGUGGGUGUAUCAAAGUGCUCUCAAUAAGGAGUUGAGCUGUUGUGACUUUGUGUUCGACCUCUUGUGUUCACGUGGUUAUAAGCAAACAACGUAUGACCCAGAACGCUGUAAGCCUGAAGACACUGAAGUGAAUGCUGAUCCUACAGCUUUAACAACGAGUUCAGAAUUGACUUCGCAAUAAAUAAAUAUAAUUAUUAAUAUAGCACAUCUUACUAGUUUAUAUUUAUUGCUGGUAUCUGUCAACUAUGGACCGCUUAAAAAAAAACUGAAAAUAAAAAUAAACAAAAUUUAAGUAG